AUGGCUCCAAGCGGAAAUAAUAUGAUCCCUAAUGGUCAUUUUCACAAAGACUGGCAACGGUACAUUAAGACCUGGUUCAAUCAACCAGCUCGCAAAUACAGGCGUCACCAGAAUCGUAUUAAGAAGGCCAAAGAGUUGGCACCUAAACCAGCGGCAGGGCCUUUGAGACCGGUUGUACAUUGCCCAACUUUGCGAUACCACACUAAAGUCCGUGCCGGACGUGGUUUUACUCUGCAAGAGCUGAAGGGUGUUGGUUUAAAUAAACAUUAUGCCCGUACCAUUGGCAUUGCUGUAGACACUAGGCGCCGUAACAAAAGUGUAGAAUCGUUGCAAGUCAACAUUGAACGUUUGAAGGAGUACCGUUCCAAAUUGAUUUUGUUCCCACUCAAGAGCAAAACCAACAAGAUUAAGAAGGGUGAAGCUACUGAAGAAGAAUGCAAGACAGCUACACAAUUUAAGGGAGUCAUAUUGCCCAUCCAACAGGCUGUCAGCAAAGAACCCGAAGCACGAGCUAUCACUGAUGAAGAGAAGAAGUUCAAUGCUUUCAACGCUAUUUGCCAGGCAAGACUUGAAGCUAAAUUGGUUGGUAUCAAAGAAAAGAAAGCCAAGGAAGCUGCAGAAAACCCAGAUGCCGCGAAAAAAGCCACUGACAAGAAGGGUAAAGGAAAGAAGAAGAAGUGA